AUGGCAAUAUCAAACUUUCUAAACCCGGAGGAAGAGAAGGAUAUACAAGAUGGGAUGGAGGAAUUGGGACCAGAAGAGGUUUUAAGUGAGGUCUUAGAGGAGCAUCUAGGCCAAGGCAGUACCCAAGAUGAUGACGAAGAGCAGGAGCCGCUAGAGCAGCCUUCGGAUGCGAAUCGCCGGGAUUUCGCAAUCCACCGCGAAGACAGACGCCGCGCAGGCGGACGCUCGAUGGAAAUGAAAGUGAUAAUUUCCGACUACAAAGAGAUCAACGAUACGCCAUCGAACCCACUAUGA